CCUUCCUGCGCGCCCUCCUUCUUCCCGUGUCCAGCGGGUGGAAGCGUCCGUCCGCGUUGCACCGCCAGCCGCGUGUGCGCGUGUGUCCGUGUGUCCGGGAUGGCCCGGGAAGGAGCGGAGCGGUGGCUCCAAGCCCGCGACCGGACUCUGCGCGCUUUCCACCAAGAUGCGGAACAGGAGUGGAAAGGCCCUUUCUACUUUAUUCAAGGCGCAGACCCACAAUUUGGACUGAUGAAAGCUUAUGCGAUUGGGAACUGCAGUAGCGAAGGUGAUGAAUGGGCGGAGGAACUGAGAUUAACCCGGCAAGCAGUGCAAGCAAUCAAUCAGCUGAACCCCAAACCAAAAUUCUUUGUCCUGUGUGGGGAUCUCAUCCAUGGCAUGCCAGGGACACAAUGGCGAGAGGCGCAGAUUCGUGAUCUGAAAGAUGCUCUGAAGGAUGUCGACUCUGACAUCCCCCUCGUUUUUGUCAGUGGGAACCAUGACCUCGGGAACACACCAACUCCGGAGACGACUGAGAAUUACUGCCAGCAUUGGGGUGAUGACUACUUCAGCUUUUGGGUCGGAGGCACCUUCUUUCUGGUGCUGAAUUCUCAGCUUUACUUCGAUGCUUCUGAAAGUCUGGAAUUGAAGCAGGCUCAAGACGCGUGGCUCGACAAGCAGCUCGCCCUGGCGCAGGAGAAGAAGUGCAAACACGCCAUCGUGUUUCAGCAUAUCCCCCUGUUUCUCCAAGAACCGGAAGAAGAACAUGACUACUUCAACCUGGAGUCAUCCAUUCGGCACAUGCUCUUGGAAAAAUUCUGCAAAGCAGGUGUUAAAGCCGUUUUUUCUGGCCAUUACCACAGGAAUGCUGGAGGAUUCUAUAAAGGUCUCGACAUGGUCGUUUCGUCUGCCAUAGGAUGCCAGCUGGGAGAAGACACUCAUGGACUAAGACUGGUAGCCGUCACUGAUGAAAAAAUUGUUCACAGAUACUACAGUUUAGAUGAACUGAGCAAUAGCCAAGAGAUAGGAAAAGAUCUUAAGGCUCUGCUAAAGCCAAACUAGCCAAAACUUUUGGUCAGGAUAAACAUUUCUGAUAAGGCAAUAGGUUCAGAACCUUUGGCUGUCCAGAUGUUUUGGUCCAUGACACCCACAGUGCCUCACCAUUGGCCAUGCUUAGUGAGGCUGAUGAGUGUUGUAGGCCAAAACAUCUGGAGGACCAAAGAUUCUCCAUCCUUGUAUUGCAGGAAGGUUUUUGGUAAGGGCACAAUACUGAAUUGUGUUUCCCUGUACUAUAUCCCUGUUAUUUUAAAAUACAGGCAGGAUAAUAGCUGAAAUCCUGUUACAUUGCUCCAUAAAAAGUGAAAUGUCUGGAGGCCUGUUGCAUAUCUUAACAUAUGCAGCUCCAUAUGCAACAGAUAAUAUGUCUACUGAGAUUUCUAAACUUGAAGCAGUUCGCCUCUUGAAGUUCUACCUUUUGCAUAGUUGUACAAGAGGAUUUUAGCCAACCAAGCCUGUCAUAGUAAACAAAAUGCAAACCUUUACACAGGCAAAAGCUUUACAGGCCAACUGAGAGUUUAAAUUCACUGCCAAUGAAAGUACUGGUUUAAUUUAUACUCUAAAAGCAAUGAUAGCAUUAUUGAUCUUGAACAAGCUAAAUCUGAGAGAUGCAGUUAUCUUGGCAUAAGCAGUUCAUUAUAUUGGUAUUUAAAUAAACUUUGGCAAUACACACACUCACACAUAGAUAUGCAAUGAUCUAGGGUUUUUUAAAAAAUUAAGUCCAGAUAUUGUGAGCAUGUUCUAAUGAGUCAUGACCUCCUUUUAGGAUAUGUGCAGUUUGCUGAGCCAUUGUGUGUCCAUCUCUGUUGCUUCACCAAGAUUGCCGUGCUGGGUAUACUUGGCAAUGGACGUAACAGAUCAUAACAUAAUCUGUGCUCCUCUAGCUGUUUGACCACAUUGUGACACCAAGUCCUGGUUGGGACUUUUAGAAUAAAAACACCUCCAAAAUUGGGAACACGCAGUUGUGGUCCUUUGAGUAUCGAUGGAUUAUGCAAGAAACACUUGGAAAAUUACUUGGCUUCUUGUGGCGUCCCAAAAAGAAACGUUCCCAGGCUGUAGCUGGCAGUGUAGAGCUAACAUUGCAGCUGUGAUCAUCCUUCCAUCAGCUUACUUGCUGAGUCAUUAAUAACCACCUAACUGUGAACUGUAACACUAUCGAUUUGACUGUCCAGCAUUUUAGCACCCAGGGCUGGUUUUCUACAAAUUGAAAUGCCGCGGAACAACCAGAGAGCAUGGAUUUUGCUCCUUAACAAGCAAAGCAAAAUUCCAUUGGUUCCUUUUAUAUCCCAGUUUGCUUCCUUUCAACUGUCCUAAACCACGCACACCUUUGUGCAAGAGAUCCAAAGGAGAACCAGCAGGGAGAUUGCACUAAUGCUACACUUCAGGUUUCCCUCAGGCGGUGCCUCCAAGGUAAAAUAAAGAGGGAACAGCCGCUUGCAACCCAAGAGCAGCUGCAAGUCUGUCUCUCUCGCACACACGCAGAGCGAGUCAAAUGGAGGAAGGUCUCAUAAACGGUAACAGUGAACAGGCCACCGCCUUUAGUGUUCAGUUAUAGUAAAAUGGCCAAAUUAUAGUAAAUUACUUCAUGUUGAAUCAACACAGAGUUUCAAUGGCUCGUGGAGGGAAUCUCUUCACGUGACCGCACACACGAGUCUUGACGGCAAGGUGGAGAGUCUGAAACUCGUACUUGUUUAGAGUACACCUUCACAUGUGCCCUAGUGGCCUUUAGUCUUGCAAUUCAGGCACCUCACAUUCCAAAAAUAACUUGUUCAGGUUGUGGCCAGCAGAGCCCUCAACACAGUAUCCUCUGGCAAAUCCUUUCUGCCAUCAGUGCCCCCUCCUUGCUUUCCAGCAGUGGCAGCGAUAUCACAAUCUGCAGCAGGAAGCUGCCAGCUGGUUACCACUGGAAAUACCCCAAAUCUUCAAAGUAGCAUAAUUCUAGACUAUGGGAACAGUAUAAAAUGAGGGCUUGAGAUGGGCAUGAACCCCUUGCUUCCUCCUUCUCAGCUACUACCUGUGGGCCACCUCACACCCAGAUUUUGAACACAGAAAAGAAAGCGACAGGAGGCAAACGCUUCCACCUUUAAAGAGGCAGAACAAGAGAGAGAGAGAAAGUAUUUGGGCAACUAUUGAGCAGUUAGCUUGACAUCAGUACCAGAAAACCUUCUGGAAAUGGCUUGUGAGCACUUCGAAAAGAACAUACUAGAAGUCAACGUACGUUUCUCAAAAACAAGUCAUGCUAGCUUAAUAGUAUUACCAUAUUUCCCCCUGUAUAAGACGCCCACCCACUUUUCUAACCCAAAAUUUCUUUCUUUGCAAGAAAGUGGAGGGGGAAAG